AUGGCAGCGCAGCCAGGAAGCUCUCCCGCCCCUCCCGCGGCCGCCAAAAGGCGAAUCGGGAACUUGGGGAGUUGGGAUCCCUGCUCCCAACCUCGCCUCCGCCUCCUGCAGCAAGAGAAACACUUCUCCCAGCUCGGGCACUUUCCCUGCAGCCGGGAAAGCGCCAUAGCCCGUCCCAUCCCCCCAACCCCCCCACAGCAGCGGCGGCGAACGUCUCUGCCUCCCCCCCACCCCACCGCCCGGUCCCCACCUCGCAAUAAGCAACAGCAGCGGCGGCGCCUCCAGCUCCAGGCCCUACCGCAGCUCAGUGGCAGUAAUGCCUCUGUGCAGCCCGCUCGCCGUCGACUCAGCUCCCUAGACUUUGGGAUGCUGCGCGGCGGCAACAGCCGAGAGCGGUUGAAGCAAGAGAAAGACCGGGAAAGGGGGGGGGGGGCGAGCCCGAUCCUGCUCUGUGUGCUUGCUCGCGGGUAA